AUGGAGGAACAAGGUGGAUUCGAAGAGAACCAACCUGUGGAUCUUUCCAUUCACCCCUCUGGUAUUGUUCCCACUCUUCAGAAUAUCGUAUCUACGGUUUACUUGGGUUGCCGGCUGGAUCUCAAGCAAAUUGCGUUGCAAGCUCGGAACGCAGAAUACAACCCCAAGCGUUUUGCCGCUGUUAUUAUGAGAAUAAGGGAACCAAAAACUACAGCGUUGAUAUUUGCCUCUGGGAAGAUGGUAUGCACAGGUGCGAAAAGUGAACAGCAAUCAAAACUGGCAGCAAGGAAGUAUGCCCGAAUAAUCCAAAAGCUUGGAUUUAGUGCUUCGUUUAAGGUUAAAGUGCAACAGGGAAGUUCAUGGGACGAGAGGAGAAAUUUUGACUAA